GUUCUCGCCACCUUUGACACAAAUAUUGGAGAGAGCGACAUUGGCAACGCUGCUGCCAUCAUCUACACGGAUCUGGAGGACCCGCAAGAUUUCUGGACUAAGGUUGUUGGAAAUUCUCGUAUACCUCCUCUCGUGGUCGAAAGUUUGAUGGCCAGAUUGGGAGACUACGCCUACUUUGACGUCGAGAACCCCACAGGCUCCUACGGCCUGGACCUUUCCAAGCCCCACGAGCACAACAUAGCGCUGCGGCUGAGGGACGCUGUGCUGGGUAUGACGGGUUGCCCGACGCGGGGCGUUAAAACGGUGACGUGGAGGAACGUCACCAUCGACGGCAAGCCCAUUGGAGAAGCGGCGUUGGAAGAUUUGGGCCGCUACAGGCUGCAGAGGCAGGGCGAUUUGCAGCUGGACUUGGUGCACACCGAGGAAGAG